AUGGCGACUAAAGGAAGUGAAAAUGCAUCAGAUGAGUUGAUAGAAAUUAAAUGUAGUGUUUGUGCUGGGAAAAAUAUAACACGAGAAGCGGAAAAAUAUUGUGUAGAAUGUCAGGAUUAUUACUGUAUACCUUGUACAGACAUGCACAAAGCGUUUCCUGCAAUGAGGGGACACAAAUUGUUGGACAAAUCUGAAUUUCGCACGAAACGGACGCUGACAUCUUUACCGAUUUAUCCGACAGAGAGAUGUCCGAUUCACAAGGCCAAACUGUUGGACAUAUUCUGUGAGAACCAUGAUGAAGUUCUCUGUGCAACAUGCGUAGCAAUCAAUCACAG